CCGCCCGCUGACCCUGGAGCGAGGAGGCUCUUCUCCAGUCAGUCAGUCAGUCGGUGCGAAGUGCCCCCCCUCGGUCUUCCCCUCCCCUCGCGGCUCCCUCCCUGUGCCCCUCUUCUUCUCCCCCCCCCGGCGCCCCCUCAAGCGGGAAGGGAGCGGCUGAGGCGAGGCGGCUGGGCUGGGCCCUGAGGAGAGGCGCAAAAACGGACAGUGAUUACAAACCUGGUUCCUCUCUUCAUCGUGUCAGGCCCAUGCUACUUUGGAGGAAAUCUGGAUAUUCAGAACUUGAAACACCAUUUAAGAGGCAAAGAUGUAACAGAACUCUGCAUACAGGAGAUGCGGUUUUCUUGAUGUACAACACAUGCAUGCAAGGUUAUGUAUAAUGAAGAUGAGACAUGUCCCUUACAAAAAGUAACUUCUACCUAUAAGCGACCAGAGACACCUCAUGACCCUUCCUUAGGAGGUAGAUUCCGCUAGGAUGUUACAUCACCACUGUCGAAGGAACCCCGAGCUACAGGAGGAAUUGCAGAUUCAGGCUGCGGUGGCGGCCGGUGAUGUCCACACCGUGCGCAAGAUGUUGGAGCAGGGCUACUCUCCCAACGGGCGAGAUGCCAACGGCUGGACCUUGCUCCACUUCUCGGCAGCGAGAGGGAAGGAAAGAUGCGUGCGCGUGUUCCUUGAGCAUGGAGCUGAUCCCACUGUGAAAGACUUAAUUGGAGGUUUCACUGCUCUGCAUUAUGCCGCCAUGCACGGCCGGGCCCGGAUCGCCCGCUUAAUGCUGGAAUCGGACUACCGCGUUGAUAUUAUCAACGCAAAGAGCAACGAUGGUUGGACGCCCCUGCACGUGGCGGCACACUACGGCCGAGAUUCGUUUGUCCGGCUCCUAUUGGAGUUCAAAGCUGAGGUUGACCCGCUCAGUGACAAAGGUACCACGCCACUUCAGCUAGCCAUUAUCCGCGAAAGGUCCAGCUGUGUCAAGAUCCUCCUUGAUCACAACGCCAACAUUGACAUUCAGAACGGCUUCCUGUUACGCUACGCUGUGAUCAAAAGCAACCACUCCUAUUGCCGGAUGUUCCUGCAGAGAGGGGCGGACACGAACUUGGGGCGCUUGGAGGACGGUCAGACGCCGUUGCACUUGUCUGCUCUUCGGGAUGAUGUGCUGUGUGCACAGAUGUUAUACAAUUAUGGAGCAGAUACUAACACAAGGAACUAUGAAGGACAAACUCCUCUGGCAGUUUCAGUAAGCAUUUCUGGAAGCAGCCGACCUUGUUUGGAUUUCCUACAGGAAGUUACAAGGCAACCCAGGAAUUUGCAAGAUCUAUGCCGAAUUAAGAUCCGCCAGUGUAUAGGCCUUCAAAAUCUCAAACUACUUGAUGAACUACCGAUUGCCAAGGUCAUGAAAGACUACUUAAAACACAAAUUUGACGAUAUCUGACCCUUUGUAAAAAAAACGAACAGUGGACGCUAAGCAAGAUUAGUUUAUAUUCCAGAUACUUUUCAAAGGCUGGUUGCCUUGCACAGAGUAUAUCCUAUGCAAUUUCUGAUUCUUUUGUUUUUUUCCAAGAAGUCAGAAGGCAGGUAUACAAUUCCAGGGGGAGGGGGGAGUGUUUAUACCAAAUGCUGAGAGGUCUUAAUUUUUUUUCUUCGAUUUCUUGGUCCAAGUUUACAAGAUCCAAGGUUUCUAUACAGUCUUAGAAGCGUAGGACAUGUUCUUUUUUUUCUUUUAAGCAUCGCUUUGGAAAGUCUUUUAAUUUGCAGGUUUUGAAAUGAAGGAGAAAAAAACCCACACUUGUCCCAAAGAAAGUUUCUCCUCACCUAGCCGCCCCAUCCCUGCCCACGUAGCAUGUGUAAUACUGUGCAAUGGCUGAGAAGCACUGAAGAACGUGAGAAUAGAAAACGUAAGGGGAGCGAUCCGUCAGCCUCACUGGUCCACCGCAAAACCAUUUCAAAGGAGGUUUUGCGGGAAGCCGACUCUGAGCCCUCAGAAAUAAAGAAACUGUAAAAUGGCACUGGCUACUGAAUUCAGUCCUCGAUCUCUGCUCCUGUACAAAUCGCCUAUGUGAGGCUCUGCCUAUGCCCUGCAAGGGAAUCGUUCUGGUCUGGUCAGAUUCCAUACGCCCCUACAUAGAUAGCCUUCUGCCGAAGCUGUGUCACUAGCAGUAAACUCUCAACAGCUUAAUUACGGCAAGUCUUUGGAAAUGUUGCCAUCUACAACUCUCUUUUUUUUUAGCACAAGUUGGUGUUCUAACAUAAUUACUGUAGUUCGAACGUCUGUAUGUCUCACUGUUCAGUUUUGAUGCCUGUACACGGGCUGUUGUUUGUAAUUAAGUUUUACACCGCU